UCUCACUAAACAACUCUCCUUUCUCCUUCAAACUCUCUCCUCACUCCCUCACUCUCAUCAAAAAACUAAACACUAAAAGUAAAAUAAUGGCGGCAAAGAGAUCUUCGAAGCUAACACAGACAGCGAUGCUAAAGCAAAUCAUAAAGAGAUGCUCGAGCUUAGGCAAGAAACAAUGCUACGACGAGGAAGGUCUCCCUCUUGACGUACCAAAGGGACAUUUUCCAGUUUACGUAGGGGAAAAUCGUACGAGGUACAUCGUACCAAUCACUUUCUUGUCUCAUCCCGAAUUUCUGAUCCUACUUCAACAAGCAGAGGAAGAGUUCGGUUUCCACCACAUGGGAGGACUCACUAUCCCUUGUGAAGAAGUCGUUUUUCUCUCCCUAACAUCCAUGAUCCGAUGAGAUUGGAGAGAGUUUACAUUAUGAUGAGGACUAAGAUUUUUUCUUUUUUUUGCCUUUGGAUAAAGAUUUGCUAUCCAAAUGUUUUUUUUUUCUGGACUAAAAACCUGUAAGAUCCACAUGUAGAAGAUCAUUCUCUACACGGAUCAUGUAAAUAUGGGGGGUUUUAGUCCGUUAGGUCGCCCUAAAUGGGGUUCGUAUUCGAUAGAAUAUUGAUGUUUUUAAUGAAGUGGUGGCUUGUUUUUUUUGUUUCAUCUAAAAAAUUCAGAGAUGUAAUGAGUCCUUUUAAUAAAAAUUGAUAUCUCACUUAUUA